UUCACUCAAAACCUACAUGAUUUUCCUUUUUCCUCAGAACAUUAGCCUCAGUCACCAUUCAGUCAUGGAACAACAUGUGGAUGCGGGUUCUGUAAAGGGGGCGGAGCUACAGGGCUCAUAUGGAGGUGGUGAGAAAGCGGACAAGUGCGUGCAAAAUCCAACUGGCAACCAUACGCCGGGAUUUUCAAUUGUGGGACUUUCGCAUAUCAUGGAAUUAUACGAGGAAACCCGGCUGGACAAAUUCUGUCACUGACCACAUCUCCAGUGUUUUAUUCCCUCCUUCUGAAGAAGGCACGCUGUAAAGUGGAGCAAAUGUCUGACAAAAUGUCCAGUUUCCUCCAUAUAGGGGACAUCUGCUCCCUGUAUGCGGAGGGGUCCACCAAUGGAUUUAUCAGCACUUUAGGUCUGGUGGACGACCGGUGUGUGGUGCAACCAGAAUCUGGAGAUCUAAACAACCCUCCCAAGAAAUUUCGAGACUGUCUGUUCAAGCUUUGUCCAAUGAAUAGAUACUCAGCGCAGAAACAGUUCUGGAAAGCAGCAAAACCUGGUGGAAACAGCACCACAGAUACAGUACUAUUGAACAAACUGCAUCAUGCUGCAGAUCUAGAGAAGAAACAGAAUGAAUCAGAAAAUCGAAAGCUGCUAGGAACGGUGAUACAGUAUGGAAAUGUUAUUCAGCUGUUGCAUUUGAAAAGCAAUAAGUAUCUCACGGUGAAUAAACGGCUGCCUGCUUUACUGGAGAAAAACGCCAUGCGUGUGACACUGGACUUGGCUGGGAACGAGGGCUCCUGGUUCUACAUUCAGCCCUUCUACAAGCUCCGCUCCAUGGGAGACAGUGUUGUAAUCGGGGAUAAAGUGGUUUUGAAUCCCGUAAACGCCGGACAGCCUCUCCAUGCCAGCAGCCAUCAAUUGGUGGACAAUCCUGGCUGCAAUGAGGUGAACUCUGUGAACUGCAACACUAGCUGGAAGAUUGUUUUGUUUAUGAAAUGGAGUGACAACAAGGAAGCUAUUCUUAAAGGGGGUGAUGUGGUGCGAUUAUUCCACGCUGAGCAGGAGAAGUUUCUCACAGGUGAUGAGCACAGGAAGAAGCAGUAUGUGUUUUUACGUACCACGGGCCGCCAGUCCGCCACCUCUGCUACUAGCAGUAAAGCAUUGUGGGAAGUGGAGGUGGUCCAACAUGAUCCAUGUCGUGGUGGCGCUGGCUACUGGAACAGUCUAUUCAGGUUUAAACACUUGGCCACAGGACACUACCUGGCAGCAGAGGUGAGUGAGGUUAACACUGACUAUGAGGAAGAGUCGCAGGAAUCGCGUUCAUCUGUGGUGGAUUUUUCACUCUUUAACUUUCAGCUGGACUUGGAACAUGAAGCCCUACGAGCACAUCUGCGUACGCCAAACGAGAAGGUCAUGUACACCCUUGUUUCCGUUACUGAUGGCAACGACAUCUCCUCCAUAUUUGAGUUGGACCCGACCACGCUCAGAGGAGGAGACUCGAUGGUACCCAGGAACUCUUAUGUGAGACUGAGGCACCUGUGUACCAAUACAUGGGUCCACAGCACCAACAACCCCAUUGACAAAGAGGAAGAGAAGCCAGUUAUGCUACGGAUUGGUACAUCACCUAUCAAAGAAGAUAAAGAGGCCUUUGCCAUUGUGCCCGUCCCUCCUGCAGAGGUGAGGGACUUAGACUUUGCCAACGAUGCCAGUAAAGUGCUGGCAUCCAUUGCCGGCAAACUGGAGAAGGGCACGAUCACCCAAAAUGAGAGAAGGUUUGUCACUAAGCUUCUAGAAGACCUUGUGUUUUUCGUGGUGGACAUUCCCAACAAUGGACAGGAUGUGUUGGAGAUCAUGGUCAAUAAACCCAACCGUGAACGGCAAAAACUCAUGAGAGAACAAAAUAUCCUAAAGCAAAUCUUCAAGCUGCUUCAGGCUCCGUUCACAGACAGUGGUGACGGCCCCAUGUUACGCCUAGAAGAGCUGGGUGAUCAAAGACAUGCCCCCUUCAGGCACAUCUGCAGGCUAUGUUACCGUGUGCUGCGGCAUUCACAGCAGGACUACAGGAAGAACCAGGAAUACAUCGCAAAGCAGUUCCGCUUCAUGCAGAAACAGAUCGGCUACGACGUGUUGGCCGAGGAUACAAUAACAGCCCUCCUCCACAACAACCGCAAGCUUUUGGAGAAACACAUAACAGCGGCAGAAAUCGACACAUUUGUCAGCCUUGUGAGGAAAAACCGUGAGCCAAGGUUUCUAGACUACCUAUCGGAUCUGUGUGUGUCCAUGAACAAGUCCAUUCCAGUGACCCAGGAGCUCAUCUGUAAUGCAGUCCUGAACCCUGCCAAUGUGGACAUCCUUAUAGAGACCAAGCUGGUGCUGUCUCGGUUUGAGGUGGAGUCAGGAGAAGGUCCCGUGGAGGCGGAAGAGGAUGAAGAGGAGGUGUGGUUGUUUUGGAAGGACAAUAAUAAAGAGAUUAGGAGUAAGAGCAUCAGGGAGCUGGCACAGGACGCCAAAGAGGGCCAGAAAGAUGACCAGGAAGUCAUUAGCUACUACAGAUACCAGCUGAACCUUUUUGCGCGGAUGUGUUUGGACCGUCAGUAUUUGGCCAUUGAGAAGAUCUCCAGCGAGCUGGAUGUGGAUUUGAUCCUGCGCUGCAUGUCUGAUGAAGAUCUUCCCUAUGACCUGCGUGCCUCAUUCUGCCGGCUGAUGCUACACAUGCAUGUGGACCGUGACCCUCAGGAACAGGUCAUGCCUGUGAAAUAUGCCAGGCUGUGGUCCGAGAUACCCUCCAAAAUUGCCAUUGAUGAUUAUGAUAAUGAUGGAACCAGCAGAGAUGAGAUAAAGGAACGUUUUGCGCUCACUAUGGAUUUUGUGGAGAACUACCUCAGGGACGUCGUGUGUCAAAAUGUUCCUUUCUCCGAUAAAGAAAAAAACAAACUCACUUUUGAGGUUGUGAAUUUAGCUAGAAACCUUAUUUACUUCGGCUUUUACAACUUCAGUGACCUGUUGCGUUUGACGAAGAUCCUGUUGGCAAUAUUAGACUGUGCUCACGUCAGCACCAUCUGUCCCAUCAACAAAAUGGAAAAGGGGGAUGAGUCCAAAAGUAGAAAUGUAAUGAGAUCCAUCCAUGGAGUUGGGGAGCUGAUGACCCAGGUGGUGCUAAGAGGCGGAGGGUUCUUGCCAACAACCCCCACAACCCCCCCAGAUGGUGAUGCGAUCAAGACUCAGACAGAACCAGAAAAGGAAGACAUUCUGGUGAUGGACACCAAGCUGAAGAUCAUAGAGAUCCUACAGUUUAUUCUUAAUGUACGACUGGACUACAGGAUCUCCUGCUUGCUGUGCAUCUUCAAAUGCGAGUUUGAUGAGAGCAACACUCAAACGGCUGCCGUUCCAGCUGCAAAUGCAGACGGGCCUAACAACAUCCCUGCUCUGGAUUUUGAGAACAUUGAAGAGCAAGCAGAAGGAAUCUUUGGUGGAAGUGAGGAGAACACACCACUUGAUCUUGAUGACCAUGGUGGCAGAACCUUUCUGAGGGUUCUCCUGCACCUCACCAUGCACGACUAUCCUCCACUGGUGUCAGGAGCUCUGCAUCUGCUCUUCAGACACUUCAGUCAGAGGCAGGAAGUGCUCAUGACUUUCAAACAGGUCCAGCUUCUGGUGACCAGUCAGGAUGUGGACAACUACAAGCAGAUCAAAUCAGACCUUGAUCAGCUAAGAUCAAAUGUGGAAAAGUCAGAGCUCUGGGUGUAUAAGAGACAGGGUGAUGAAGGCAUGGACGCAGGGGAAGGACUUCCUGCAGAGUCCGACCACAAAAAGAAGAAGGACUCCGACAAAAAAAAGGCAGACGGAAAUGGAAGUGACAAUUAUAGAGACGUGAAGGAGAUUCUCCUGCGUCUCAGUAAACUGUGUGUACAAGAAGGACCGUCUGGGAAGAAAAGUAAGAAACAGCAGCAGAGGUUGCUGAGGAACAUGGGAGCUCAAUCAGUAGUGCUUGAGCUGCUGCAAAUCCCUUAUGAGAAGGGUGAAGAUGUACGAAUGGAAGAGAUCAUGAAAUUGGCACAUGAGUUUCUUCAGAACUUCUGUGCAGGCAAUCAGCAGAACCAGGCCCUGCUCCACAAACACAUCAACCUGUUUCUGAACCCUGGGAUCCUGGAGGCCCUAACCAUGCAGCACAUAUUCAUGAAUAACUUUCAGCUGUGCUCUGAAAUGAAUGAGCGUGUAGUACAGCACUUUGUCCACUGCAUAGAGACCCAUGGCAGACACGUGCAGUACCUGAAGUUCCUACAGACAAUAGUCAAAGCUGAGAGCAAAUUUAUCAAGAAAUGCCAAGAUAUGUUGAUGGCCGAGUUGGUGAACUCUGGGGAAGAUGUGUUGGUCUUUUAUAAUGACCGCGCCUCCUUCCAGACUCUGAUCCAGAUGAUGCGGUCGGAGCGUGACCGGAUGGAUGAGAACAGCCAUCUUAUGUACCACAUCCACCUGGUGGAGCUGCUGGCUGUCUGCACUGAGGGUAAAAAUGUCUACACUGAGAUCAAGUGCAACUCUCUGCUGCCCCUGGAUGAUAUUGUCCGUGUGGUAACGCAUCAAGACUGCAUCCCUGAGGUGAAAAUCGCAUACAUCAACUUCUUAAACCACUGCUACGUGGACACUGAGGUUGAAAUGAAGGAGAUCUACACCAGCAAUCACAUGUGGAAGCUUUUUGAGAACUUCCUGGUCGAUAUCUGCAGGGUCUGCAACAAUACAAGCGAUCGCAAACAUGCUGACACAACGUUAGAACGCUAUGUGACCGAAACCGUGAUGAGUAUUGUGACGACAUUUUUCAGCUCCCCUUUCUCCGACCAGAGCACUAGUUUACAGACCCGGCAACCUGUGUUUGUUCAACUUCUUCAGGGGGUUUUUAGAGUUUAUCACUGUAACUGGCUCGUCCCUGCUCAGAAAGCCUCAGUAGAGAGCUGUAUAAAGGUUUUGUCUGAUGUGGCUAAGAGCAGAGCGAUCGCCAUCCCUGUAGAUCUGGACAGCCAGGUAAACAACCUGUUUGUGAAGUCCAAGAGUGUAGUACAGAAGACCAUCGUCAAUUGGAGGAUUUCGGCUCGCAACACCUCCAGAAGAGAUUCAACGCUUACAACAUCAAAAGAUUACAGGAACAUUAUUGAAAGGCUGCAGGACAUUGUAUCUGCUCUGGAGGAUCGUCUACGGCCUCUGGUUCAAGCUGAGCUCUCAGUGUUGGUGGAUGUACUGCAUCGCCCAGAGCUACUGUUCCCAGAGAACACAGAUGCCCGGAGGAAAUGUGAGAGCGGAGGCUUCAUCUCAAAAUUAAUAAAGCACACCAAACAGCUUUUAGAGGAAAAUGAAGAGCGUUUGUGUAUAAAGGUUUUGCAGACGCUCAGAGAAAUGAUGACAAAAGACCGUGGCUAUGGGGAAAAGCUGAUUGCCUUUGAUGAUGAGUUGGAUGUGGCUGAGCUUGCACCCCCACCAGAACCAGAGGUCCCAGCAGAGGAGUUUGAUCCAAACCAGCCCCAGAAGCUUCUGGAGGAUCAGAGAAGGGGUGAAGCUUUGAGGCAAAUCCUGGUGAACCGUUACUAUGGCAACUUUAAGCCGGGAGGUAGGCGAGACAGUUUGACCAAUUUCAGCAAUGGACCACUCAUCUCCGUGGGACAGACCAAGGCUCCGACAGGGGGUGGUGGGGGUUCGGGGGGCAAUCGCAGGGAGAUGAGCCUGGCAGAGGUGCAGUGUCACUUGGAUAGGGAGGGUGCAUCUGACCUGGUCAUCGACCUCAUCAUAAAUGCCACAAGUGACCGAAUCUUCCAGGAAAGCAUCCUAUUGGCCAUUGCUCUGCUUGAGGGAGGAAACCCUGUCAUACAGCGGUCAUUUUUCUGCCGUCUGACAGGUGACAAUAAGUCAGAGAAGUUUUUUAAAGUGUUUUACGAGCGGAUGAAGCUCGCCCAACAAGAGAUCAAGGCGACUGUGACAGUGAACACGAGUGAUCUUGGCAGCAAACGCAAAGACGAGGACGCCAACGAUAAGGACACCCAAACGCGCAAGAAAGUGAAGGAUGUUGCUGGAGUAACAGAAGAAGUGCGGGAGCAGCUUCUGGAAGCCUCUACGGCCACCAAGAAGGCCUUCACUGCGUAUCGACGGGAGGCGGAUACGGAUGAACAUCUGAAUGUGGCGGAGGGGCAGGCCAGCAUGGGUGAAAAGAACCAGGACGACGACGAGAUGAGCGUGAUCAUCACGAUUAUGCAGCCAAUCCUGCGCCUCAUGCAGCUGCUGUGCGAGAACCACAACCAAGAACUGCAGAAAUUCCUUCGCUGUCAAAACAACAAAAACAAUUACAACCUGGUGUGUGAGACACUGCAGUUCCUGGAUUGUAUAUGUGGCAGCACUACAGGGGGUCUGGGCUUGCUGGGACUUUAUAUUAAUGAGAAGAAUGUUGCUCUGAUUAACCAGACUGUGGAGAGCCUGACCGAGUACUGCCAGGGCCCUUGCCAUGAGAACCAGAACUGUAUUGCCACACAUGAAUGUAACGGCAUCGACAUCAUCAUCGCCCUCAUCCUGAAUGACAUCAACCCUCUUGGCAAGAAGCGGAUGGAUCUUGUCCUGGAGCUCAAGAAUAAUGCUUCAAAACUGCUGCUGGCCAUCAUGGAAAGCCGCCAUGACAGUGAGAAUGCAGAGAGGAUCCUGUAUAACAUGAGGCCUAAAGAACUGGUGGAGGUGAUCAAGAAAGCCUACAUGCAGGGAGAGAUUGAGGUGGAGCACAACGAUGAUGAAGAACACGACGAGGAAGAGCAUGCUGCCUCUCCUCGUAAUGUGGGUCACAACAUCUACAUCCUGGCCCAUCAGCUAGCCAGACAUAACAAAGAACUCCAAGCCAUGCUGAAGCCCGGAGGCAUGUACGGGGAGGGUGAUGAAGCUUUGGAGUUCUAUGCCAAACACACGGCUCAAAUCGAGAUUGUUCGUCUAGAUCGAACAAUGGAGCAGAUCGUGUUUCCCGUCCCCAACAUAUGCGAGUUCCUAACCCAGGAGUCCAAGCUACGUGUUUAUUACACUACAGAGCGCGAUGAACAGGGCAGCAAGAUCAACGACUUCUUCCUGCGCUCUGAAGACCUCUUCAACGAGAUGAACUGGCAGAAGAAGCUGCGAGCUCAGCCCAUCCUGUACUGGUGUUCCCGUAACAUGUCUUUCUGGAGCAGCAUCUCCUUCAAUCUGGCCGUCCUCAUGAACCUGUUGGUUGCGUUCUUCUAUCCUCUGGAAGGAGUGCGUGGAGGCACCCUGGAGCCACACCUAUCUGCACUGCUGUGGACAGCCAUGUUGGUGUCUUUGGCCAUCGUUAUAGUGCUGCCACAGCCUCACGGAAUUCGGGCGCUCAUCGCCUCUACUAUACUGCGCCUCAUCUUUUCGGUGGGCCUGGAGCCCACCCUGUUCCUGCUCGGGGCCUUCAAUGUGUGCAAUAAAGUGAUAUUUCUAAUGAGUUUUGUUGGAAAUCGCGGUACCUUCACUCGAGGCUAUAAGGCCAUGAUCAUGGAUGUGGAGUUCCUAUAUCAUCUCCUGUACCUCAUUAUAUGCAGCCUUGGAGUCUUCGUCCAUGUUUUCUUCUACAGCCUGCUUCUCUUUGACCUGAUCUAUCGUGAGGAGACUCUACUAAACGUCAUCAAGAGCGUAACCAGAAACGGUCGCUCGAUCGUUCUGACUGCCGUACUGGCUCUCAUCCUGGUCUACCUCUUCUCCAUUGUUGGUUAUAUCAUCUUCAAGGAUGAUUUCAUCCUGACCGUGGACAGGAUAUCCAAUAAAACUCUUGAGCAAUCUGCCAAUAAGAUGGGAGAGUUUCUGGUGGGCGCAAUGUGUAGGAAAGAAGAAAACUGUUCCACUGAGACCAUGAUGGAUGCUGUGGGGGUGCAACCGGCAGCUAUUGUGAUCGAGGAUAAGGAAAGGACAUGCGACUCGCUGCUCAUGUGCAUUGUUACCGUGUUGAGCCAUGGCCUGCGGAGCGGGGGUGGUGUUGGAGAUGUUCUACGGAAACCCUCUAAAGAGGAGCCGCUGUUUGCAGCCCGUGUGAUCUACGACCUUCUCUUCUUCUUCAUGGUCAUUAUCAUUGUCCUCAACCUAAUUUUUGGAGUCAUCAUUGACACCUUUGCUGACCUGAGAAGUGAAAAGCAAAAGAAAGAAGAGGUGCUGAAAACAACCUGCUUUAUUUGUGGUUUGGAGAGGGACAAGUUUGACAACAAAACGGUGACAUUUGAGGAGCACAUUAAAGUGGAGCACAACAUGUGGCAUUACCUUUUCUUCAUCGUGCUGGUGAAAGUCAAAGACUCCACAGAGUUCACAGGGCCAGAGAGUUAUGUGGCCGAAAUGAUCCGGGAUCACAACUUGGACUGGUUUCCGCGGAUGCGGGCCAUGUCGUUGGUUAGCAGCGAUGCUGAGGGUGAACAGAAUGAGAUCAGAAACCUGCAGGAAAAACUUGAAUCCACCAUGAAGCUUGUCUCCAACCUGUCAGGCCAACUCACUGAACUUAAAGAACAGAUGACGGAGCAAAGGAAGCAGAAACAGAGGAUUGGGCUUUUGGGACACCCCCAACACAUGAACAUCAACCCCCAGUAACCCGCCUGAACCCCAUUACACUGGCAUAGUGUCCAACAGCCAUCUUCUUGAGACAUUCCAUCAGCCUUUCUGUGUUUUUGAAUGUACAAGUGUAAAUGAAUGUGUGCGUCAAAGCAUUACAGAUACGUGGUCACCACUACUUGCUGUGUAUACUGAAAAAAAAAAUUCUUGGCCACCAGGGAAGUAUAAAAGACACUCACCCCCUUCUUCACAAUCCAUUUGAGUGCCAAAUGUUUCUAUGUGCUACAGAGGAAGUCACUUUGCAUCAUUUGGCCUGCACUGGGUGAAAAUGACUUGCAGAGCUACACUAGACACUGCACAACUGUGAACGUGUGGUGCAACCUGUAGAUGCUGCUUGGACGCGUGUCAAGAUGCAUAUUUUUUGUAUUGACCCAUAGCAGUAUAACAGUCAGUAUUUGAUGUCUUAUUUUUGUAUUUUGUGCAAUAUUAAUACUUCAAUAUGCAAUGACACUGUAAAUUGUGUCUUAAAGGGAAGGUGCGGUAAUUAUUCAUUCCUUAUGCUUUAUAAUUGUAAUAAAAUACAUUUGCGGCCAGGUUCUUGUGGGAGUUCUGUUUGUGAAGUCAAGUUUGAAGUGACAUCAAAUACAGCCUUUUCUUUUCUAAUUUAAUUUAUUAGCGUAUACUGCCACAUUAGAGUACUUUAACAUUCUCAGAUAAGUCAUUUUCAGGAGCUCAUUAUUUUCUUUUUCUAUUUUUUUUAUUUUUUUUUUAAUGUAUAUACACUUUUGGAUCUAUGAUCUUAGGAGUCAUGUACCGAAUAAUAAUAAAUUAACUUUUAGGCAAGUAAGUUUUGUUAAUAUGGUUUGUCUUAAAAUCUAAUGUAAUUACUGCACUAACAAAUAACUGAACUCAUAUCCUUCCUGUCAUUAUAGAUCCAUGUUUAUUGUGCCUGUUCUAAGUUCCUUUACUUCAAAUAAAUAAAUAUUCAGAUAAAUCCAGAUAAAUAGCAACUCCAGAUAAAUAUUUGCUGGUACAAGCAAUCUUUGUCGAGUUUUUUAGAUUUCCCUGUAAUUUCUUCAAUUUUUCUAGACAAUUUCAUCUUUAAGCUUAGACAGUUUCAAGCAGGUUACUUUCUUGAGACUAUCGAGUGUGUUUUCUUCCUUUUUUCUAGUAAUACAUGUAUAUACUGUAUGUCUGCCGGGUCUUUGCUUUUAAAUAGAUACAUUUUCAUUACAUCCUAAUAAUUAACAGCACUGUUACUAAGAAAUAAAUCUACUACUGAUUUAAUAGAUUAAAGAUAUAUAAUUCAAUGAGAUUGUAAAUUAAUUGGGUGAUAUUUAAUAAAAUCUGUACUUCUUGUUGAAAGGAACAGAAAUUAAAUGUUUUGUUUUAUUUUUGUUAUACCUGGAACAACUGCAUUUGUACUACAACAAAUUAUUGAGCAAAAGUGAAAUUAAUGCCUAAGAUCUGUUAUUCUAUUAAUAAUUGUAUUAAUUAUAAAUACUGUCUGUCAUCCUGUAGAAUAGGCAUAACAGGCAUCCUUACACAUGUUACAACCAAUUGUUUAUUUCAGUCAUUACUUAAAGGGAUAGUUCACCCCAAAAUGAAAAUUCUGUCAUUUGCUGACCCUGAUGUUGUUCCAAAGCCAUGACUUUCAUGACUUGUAACACUUGGUGUUCCCGGUCAAAAAUGACCGGUCUAUAAAAAUUGCU